UCCGCGUCGUCUCCCUGUGGUCUUCCGUCCCUCAUCUUUAGCCUCGUCUCUGUUCGUUUUGAUGUGUUGUCAGCUCCAUGCGGCGGCGGUUCGGGCCGUGUGGCGGUCGGACGGACGCCUGUGCCCCGCCUGAGCUCGUCUGACAGCCGGAAGGCGACACGGUUCAUCCGGCGAGGAGCCGGAGAGCCGCGUUAGCCCGCGGCGGCUAGCCCGCGGCGGCUAGCUGAGCAGCUGUGUGGGAGUGGAGGAGGAAGAAGAGUCUCUGGGAGGAAAACGAGCAGGUACAAAGGUUCUAUGACCGACACCUGCCUGCCUCGAUAAGAGGAUGUAUCCACCUUCCAGAAAGGAUUUCAUCUCUUUGACGCUCAGUGACCCGCACUGUCACGCCUACAACAACGGCAAACACCGGAGACAGUCCUGCUGGAGGAAAUGGAAGCAGCUGUCCCGGCUCCAGCGCAGCCUCAUCCUCUUCCUGCUGGCCCUGCUGCUCAUUUUAGGGCUGCUCUCCUAUCCCAGCAUCACAGAGCAGUGGAGAGCUCCACCGUACCGGGACGAAUGGCUGGACGUCAACGACGGAGACCUGAACGCUCUGGCUCCCGGCGUAAAACCCAUAUUGGGUCCAGCUGCGGGUAAAGCGCCGGCUCCGGUGGCUGGACCACAUCUGGCUCCGGCUCCACGUCCAGAUGCUGAGACGCAGCCCAGAGGACCAAAUAUCCUCAUUCUGGCAAAACCUCAACUGAAGAAAAAGACGCUGUUCAACAGAAGAGGCCUUCCGAGCCUGCAGAAGGACGGGAAUGUUUCAGACGCGAUCAGAAAGCAGGAGGAAGCAGUGGGUCAAGGGGAAGAGGAGGACGACCAGAAAGACAAGAAGAUUGUCAGCUGGCGAGGAGCCAUGAUUGAAGCUGACCAGGCCACCGAGGCUCCGCCCUCGGCCAAUGUGAAAGAGGCUGCAGCCGGCAACCCCCCCGAAGUUCCCACCGGCGCCACAGACAGACUGGAGGCGGUGCGCAAGGCCUUCAGGCACGCGUGGAAAGGCUACAAGGAUCACGCCUGGGGCCACGACGAGCUCAAACCCAUCUCCAAGUCCUUCGGGGAAUGGUUCGGCCUGGGCCUGACUCUGAUCGACGCCCUGGACACCAUGUGGAUCAUGGGUCUGAAAGAAGAAUAUGUUGAAGCCAGGACCUGGAUCGAAAAGAAUUUGACCUUCACCAAGGACGUGGACGUGAAUCUGUUUGAAACAACCAUCCGAGUCCUGGGAGGUCUGCUGAGCACUUACCAUCUAACAGGAGACCAGCUCUUCCUCGAUAAGGCUAAAGACCUCGGGUCCAGACUGAUGCCGGCCUUCAAAACGCCCUCGAAGAUCCCCUUCUCCGACGUCAACAUCGGGAAGGGGACGGCACACCCGCCGCGGUGGACGACGGACAGCACGCUAGCUGAAGUGACCAGCAUCCAGCUGGAGUUCCGAGAGCUGAGCCGCCUCACGCAGGACCCGCAGUACCAGGAGGUCGUGAACGAGGUGGCCAAGCAGGUCCACAACCUGCCGGGCAAACACGACGGCCUGGUGCCCAUGUUCAUCAACACCAACAGCGGCCAGUUCACCCACAAGGGCGUGUUCACGCUCGGCGCCAGGGCCGACAGCUACUACGAAUACCUGCUCAAGCAGUGGAUCCAGGGGGGCAAAGUUGAAGACAAUCUGCUGGAGGACUACAUCCAGGCGAUCGAGGGAGUGAAGAAGCACCUGCUGAGACAGUCCGGGCCCAGCAGGCUCACCUUCGUCGGAGAGUUAUCCCACAACCGCUUCAACCCCAAGAUGGACCACCUGGUGUGCUUCCUGCCCGGGACUCUGGCCCUCGGGGCCCACAACGGCCUCCCCGGGGACCACAUGGACCUGGCCGUGCAGCUGAUGGAAACCUGCCAUCAGAUGUACAAGCAGAUGGAGACGGGCCUGAGCCCCGAGAUCGCCCACUUCAGCCUGCAGCCCACGGACGGACAGGACGUCAUCGUCAAGCCCGCUGACAGACACAACCUGCUGCGACCGGAGACCGUGGAGAGUCUCUUCUACAUGUUCAGAUUCACCAACGACACGAAGUACCGGGACUGGGGCUGGGACAUCCUGCAGAGCUUCAAUAAGUACACCAAGGUCUCCGGCGGCGGCUACACGUCCAUCAACAACGUGCGCGACCCCACCAACCCCUGGCCGCGGGACAAGAUGGAGAGCUUCUUCCUGGGCGAGACGCUCAAAUACCUCUACCUGCUGUUCUCCGACGACACGGAGCUGCUCCGCCUGGACAAGUACGUCUUCAACACGGAGGCUCACCCGCUGCCCAUAUGGCCCUCCGCUCCCAAGUGACGGCCCACGGCGAGGACGCGUCCGUUCUAACCACGAGCAGAAAGGAGCUGGGAGCGGCCGUCCAGGCUGCAACAGCGGACCUGCGCUGCGCCGAAGAAAGAGAGAAGUGAAGGAGUCUCGAUGAUUUUCUGUUGUUUUUUAUUUAAUAAUUUUUUUUUUCCUACGGAAAAGGUUGGCGACAGAGCUGGUCUCUGAUGUGGAGAUGAAGAAGAAAAGACACAGGUGACUGGGAUGGUGAUGAACCUCCUGUCGUCACGAAUUGAUUCACCAAUUGAAACGCUUCGAUGUUAAUUUUGCUAAAGUUUCACAUGGAUCCAGCGGUGGACUCGCAUGUUCUUUUGUCUUGACGUUGGCGUUUUCUCACAUACUGAAUGGACUCCGGUGAAAACUUUCCAGGGAGCAGCUCCGCCUUCCAGACCGUGCCUCGCCGAGUCGUGAAGGAGGAAAACUCACAAGUGCAACAUUUCUCACUGUCGUGUCGUCCGGUUGGAUCCUCAUUGUUUUUUUUUGUUUUUUUUUUCUUCUUCUUUUUUCCACCAACGCAUCGGCUUCGCCUUCAACGCGAUCCGUGCCAGAACGCUCUGCUUCGCACAUGUAGCAGUGAUUCUCACCUUUCGGACCGCUUCAUGUUCCUAAAGGUCGUCGUUUGAGUCUAAAGGCUCAUAAAGCUAUUGAAGGAGCGAAGUGAUCCGCAGCCAUAACAAAAGCUUCUUUCACUGAUGAAUGUAGACAUUGUUUUUUUUUUAAUUUAUUUAAUUUUCUGUGUUACAUAAUUUUUUUUUUUUUUUUCUUGAAGUCUUUCAUGCAUUCUUGUGAUCACUUAAUCAACAUCUCCUGCAUCAGGAACAAUGAACUGUACUGCAGUCUCUUGGAUUUGUUCCAAUAUCCACGUUUGAUUUGGAUCUAAAUAUUGCGAUUUCAUCAUUUCUCUACAACGCCUUGUUCCUUUGUUAAUAUUCAGAACUUGCAGUUUUCAUUAAAACUCCCACUCAUCUCUCUUUACAUACAUAUGUGUUUCCGCUUCAAUUCUGGUGGAGAACUUGACCAACAGAAGUUCCCUCUUGUAUAGCACGCCUGCCAAGUAACACCCGACACACCGUGCAACACAAAGGUACAUUCUGCUCCUUAAAAAAACAACUAAGCAGGAACGAAGUCACAUAUUUCAUUCGGUUACAGGAUUUUAUCCAUAAAAAAACAACGUAUCCAAGUCUUUCAUCCUCCCAAUGUCUGGAACGAGAGCCGACCAACCAAAAGUAAAGUUAAGAAGCGUAAGGAGCAGAGAGGAGAGAAAUCACGGAUGAGCACUCUUCGUCUUGGCGGUGUUUCAGGGAAACGUUUCCGACACUGAGCAGGUAGGAGGCAGCGAGUCAUCGGGCGAUUCAUCCUCUUCUCAACUUGCCCCAGCCGUGCAUUUUUCUGAAUCGUUUACUUCAUUCUCGAAAGAUUUCGAUCCGUCGGCGCCUGACGAUCUCCGACUUGCUGUCAGACGUUGACGCGGAGCGGCGUAGGAGCGCUCGUCUCCUCGGUGCCAACGCCGCAAAAUCAACUGAGAGACGAGUCCGUUUCACCUCCAAACCGCCGUCGGGACGGGAAGUCGCUGUCGCAUCGCCGUGCCUGACCUGACCCCCUGUCGCUGAAUGUUCACAACCCCCUGCCAACGCUCUGCUGUGCCUGUUCUCACACACACACACCCACACACACACCUGCAGUGUGUUUCUAAUUACUGCUGAACUUCUUUUUGGUUGCCAUCGUUCAGCGACGAGACGACUUGGGUGACUUUGAUGUUCAGAUUUUAAAGCACCGUUGAAAGAAAAGCUCAUUUCCAAUAACAUUUACAUAGAUCAGAUGUCUUGUUCAUGAUUUUUGCAAACUUUUUUUUUAUUAUUGCUGCUUAAGAAAUGACAUUUAUUCCGGAUUUGCCUCAGAAGAUGAAUAUAGACAUACAUUCAGUAUAUCUCUCCCUUGAGAAAGAGUGAGUUCUGUAGAGAAACCAGAGUGGAUGUUAAAGGAAAGUGAUGUGCAGGAGUAUCGGGGUGGAAAUGAGGUCUAUUAAAUCAGGUUUAUCGUCUCAAAUAUGAAGGAGCAAAACUGCCAUAAUUGAAUGUAAAUCCAACAUAAAUUUUAGAAAAAUGUGCCAAUAAAUGGGUUAAAAUGUGACUGCGCUGCUGUACAUGUACUGUGAACUAACUGGAUGCUUUGAAAGUGAAAUAUCUGCUUAAUCUUCAUUUAUAGUCUCCAACUGAAAGAGCAGCUCAUUCGGUAAUUUUUCUUAGUGGCGGUAAAUGCAAUUCUAAAAUGUAUGUUUGAUUACAGCAAUACAAUGAAUUGUUUAAUAAAAUUAUGAAUGAAAGUUAAAAAUCAUUUCAAAAUAAGAAACUGGACAGACAAUUACAGAAGCAAACAGACAUGACACAUGAAGAUAAGCUUGAUUAGUUAUGGCCUCCGAUCCUAUCGUUUAUAAUUUGUGCGGAUUUCGUCCUCCAUGUGUGACAGAUUGAAAUCAUUACAUUAAAUUGACCCUCCUCUUCAGUUUGCAUAUGUUAGAUUGAACCUAUAAUUCCUGGACUGGUAUUGAAAAUUCUCCCUCUUUAUUCAACAUAAAUGGAUUUUCGGCAUUUGAAUGCUGUCGAUGUGGAUCUGGCUUUCUGACGGGAAUCGAUUGUUCUCUGGGUUUUAUUCCUGGGUUUGUGUUUCCAUGGGAAGAGAAGAACAGAAAAAAACUCGUUUAGCGUCACAGUGGGUUUAAAUUCACUCUGAUUUCUCACUUUUAGUCUUCGGUUGGCUCUUUCACCGUGAAGGAGCUGCUAUUUCCCACAAACACAGGCUAAUAAAUGGAUUAUCUGAUGUACAGUUACAGUGUUUGUAAGAGUUUCUGUAAUCAUUCAUGUGGUCAGAACUGAAUCGAAGCCAUAGUGCAGGAACUGCUGGAGCUGUGGGUGACACAGCGGGAACGUUUCACCCCGGACGCCUCUCGGACGACGACCCUGCGUCGUGGAUCGAUGAUGUUUUCACGGCUCAAUCGAACCCCCUCUGUGGUGACGGAGCCGCAACGUCGAUAAGCCAUCUGCAUAACUGAAGACGUGCCGACAUGAUGAGCGCUGGCUUCAGUUUCCUCUUAGAUCUGAACCGAGUUUCGCCUCCUGUGUCGUCUUGCAGCGCUCAGACCGCCAUUCGCGGUACAGACGAGCGAUUCGGCACUUUGGAACGAGUCGUCUCUUAUUGCAGUCUUCACUUUUUUUCAUGCUAUUGGAAAAUUUCCAAUA